UCCACCUCCUUUCUCUUUCUCUCCGGAGACGGGGGGGAGGGGGAAGACGACAGAGGAGGCAGUGGGCCUGCGGCGGGCUGAACUGCGCCGCUCUGCGCCGGGGCAACUGUUUCUCCUCGCCUUCUCGAAUCACCCGUCUCCGAGUAGAAGAAUACAUGUUUACUUUCAGCACAGAAGAGCAUGUUCCCAAAUUCUUCCAUCUUGGGUUGUCCACCCCAUCCACUAGAACGCCAACAGUACAAUUUCCUCAUUAAUCUUCCAGUAAACAUUUCUCCUGCUCUUUUUCACCAGCAGUUCCAGAGAACAGCAGGUUUGGUGAGUGGAAAUCUUCCAAGCAUCCCAACUGUUUCACCACCAUCCUUUGCCUAUAGAAAUGGCAGCCCAGUGCAUGCAUCAGGUACACCUACAUCAUUCAGAGGCAGAAAGAGGCUGAAAGAACAGAACAUUCCUUAUGAAGUGAAGCGCCAGCGAUUUCAUUCACCUCAUCAUGAAUCACCUUCAGCUAACCAAGCAGUGCCUUUACCAGAUGAUCAGAGGCAUUCAUGCCCUAGAUCAAUUCCUUCGCCAUUAUUUCAAGCAAAUUACAUCUCUGAUUUAAUGCAAUAUGUGCCACCCUUGCGAGAAGCUUCUUUUCCUGACCCUGUAGAAAGUGCAGUCCCUCUGGCCAAAGAUAAGCUAAGUCAACAAAUACUGGAGUUAUUUCAAGCAUGUCAGCAACAAAUCAGUGACUUGAACAAAAAAGAGCUCUGCCGAACACAACUCCAAAGGGACAUUCAGCAGAUAUUUCCAAAUAGUAGACUAGUUUUGGUUGGAUCCUCACUAAAUGGAUUUGGUACUCGCAGUAGUGACGGUGAUUUGUGCCUGGUGGUCAAACAGGAGCCAAUGAAUCAGAAGACUGAAGCAAGAUACAUACUCAGCUUACUCCAGAGACAUUUUUGUAGGAAACUUUCAAACUACAUUGAGAGACCUCAGCUGAUCCGAGCAAAAGUGCCAAUAGUGAAGUUCAGGGAUAAAGUCAGCUGUGUGGAGUUUGACUUGAAUGUGAACAAUGUUGUAGGAAUAAGAAACACAUUCCUUCUCAGAACCUAUGCAUACAUUGAGAGUCGAGUGCGUCCAUUAGUGCUGGUUGUAAAGAAGUGGGCAAGCUUUCGUGGUAUAAAUGAUGCCAGCCGAGGCACUUUAAGCAGCUAUAGUCUUGUGUUGAUGGUUUUGCACUAUUUACAAACCCUACCUGAACCUAUCCUUCCAUCCCUCCAAAAAAAUUACCCAGAAUCAUUUGACCCUACUAUGCAGCUGCACCUUGUGCAUCAGGCUCCAUGCACCAUUCCUCCCUACCUUUCAAAAAAUGAAUCAACACUUGGAGACCUGUUGCUGGGCUUCUUGAAAUAUUAUGCUACAGAAUUUGACUGGAGCAGUCAGAUGAUUUCAGUUCGUGAAGCCAAAGCCAUUCCAAGACCCGAUGGCAUUGAAUGGAGAAACAAAUUCAUUUGCGUAGAAGAACCUUUUGAUCGAACAAACACUGCUAGAGCAGUACAUGAAAAGCAGAAGUUUGACAUUAUUCUGGAUGAAUUUCGAAAGUCAUGGCAGAGACUGAGAGACAGGAGGGACUUGAACUGUAUACUACCUUUGCGGGCAACGGUACAGAAAAGAUGAUUGGCUUCUAUUUCCUCAAGCAGAUCAUUCUGAAAUGCUAUACAAAAGACAUUUUCCAAACCACAGGAUGCAAUUUUUUCUUCCUUCCCCAACUGCACUUUUUAAAAGAGACUUUUUCUUUAAAUUUUUGUUAAGGAAACUUUUGUAAAACUUUAAAAAGGCAUAACUAAUUAAACUGAAAAUCAUUAGAACCAUUUGAAGACUGGAUUUCUGAAACAGAUUGGAUCAGUGACCAAUAAAGAAACUGCUGUAAUACAAAUACA